CGUAGAUGGUGCGCACUAUCCACCGCUGACGCAAGAGCAAGGAGUAUCCAGCAAACAUACCGUGUCUGCCUCUCGUUUUGUAUUCACCAACACAAACUCAUCAUGUCUUCUGAGAAGCCAAGCGCCAAGCGCAAGGCAGAGGAUGCCGAGACGCCUCUGCGCCGGCUGCUGGUGUCCACGACGCUGGCUGAUGUGCAACAUGGCCGCCGCCGCGUGGUGUCCAUCAACCACAACGCGACGGCGGACGAUGCACUGCACGAGCUGGCCAAGGAGCACAUCCUGUCUGCACCCGUCGUCCUCGCCGCCUCCAUUGAGGACCAGGAAUCCGACACAUACAUGGGCAUUAUCGACAUCUCCGCCAUUCUCAAGGGCCUCUUUGAAGACGUGCUGUCCAAGGCGAGCGAGAAGGCGUUCCGCUGGGAGGCGCUCAAGGAAUCUGCACAGCCGUUUUUCGACCGCAAGGUCAUCACCCUUCUCGGCAACGACGUGCAACUCCGCUACCGCGGUGAAACCACGCAGUCCCUCCACGACCUCAUCGCAGACGGCUUCCUCGGCGCAGGCGAACAUGAGCAAGCGCACGACCUGGCCCACCGCAUUGCCAUCUUCACACCAACGGGCCGCAUCAACGACGUCAUCUCCAUGUCGGACGUGGUGCUGUACUUGAGCAAGCACAAGAAGUCGCUCGGAGAGAAGCUGCUGCAGACGACGGCGGAGGAGUUUGGCUGGGCGGACCGCGAUGUGCCCACCGUCUCGUCCAAGGACAUUGUGGCCUCGGUUGUGCACACCAUGGUCGACAAGAAGCACGCUGCCGUGGCCGUGGUGGAUGACGACUGCAAGUUCCGCCACAACUUCAGCAACAGCGACCUCAGGGGUCUGACCCCUAAGAAGGUGCCGAUGCUGCUGCGGUCCGUGGAGGAGUUUAUCCACGCCAUGGAGCGGAAGCACCAGCACGAAGCCGACAUCACCUGCAAGCCCUAUGCAACAUUCGAGAGUAUCCUCGACCGUCUCGUCAAGCAGCGCGUCCACAGGUUAUAUGUGGUGGGUGACGACAAGAAAGUCAAGGGUGUGGUUUCGCUGACGGACAUUCUGCGCGCCGUUGUUGCUGCUGCAUGAAAUGGGCACACGCGUCUGUCCACUGUGCUGUUGGGCCCUUGUUUUUGCUCUCCGCUUGUUGCCUUCUGGCGUGCGUGCGUGCGCGUGGUGUGUGUGUGUGCACUGCGGUUGUUCUUCUUCCAAUACAAGUGUCAUGUCAUCA